CUUUGUGUCAACACAUGUCCAUUCCCACCUCAGAGCCAUGCGUGUUGAGCUAAAAAAAACGUUGCGAGUUAUAUUGUUAGCAGUUAUUUUUAAACUAUAAAACAUGCCAAAAGACGUUUCUUCGUCUUCGAGCGAAGAUGAAACGGUUAAUGUUGCCACGGAAACAACAGAACGGCAGAGAGAACCCGCCAGGAAGACCGCGCGGCUGGAGUGUCCUGAGGACUUUGUGUCUUUCUGCCACGUCCCCUGCAGCAGCACGCUGGCAGACAAUCUGAGGAACAACGAGAACGAGUUGUGGCUCAUUAAAGCCCCUGCCAGCUUCGACCCCCACUGCUUCAGCGGCGUCCAGGUUCCCCUGUCGGGCCUCCAGACCCUGAAGGUUCCGGUUGGGCCGGUCCAGCAGAGCUACAGCGUCCUGGCGUCGUCCCACCCCACCGACCUUCACCUGCUCACCAGCGACAGCCGGACGUCGGACGGCUUCGUCUUCGCUCCGGCCUUUUCCGGCCUGCUGAACAUCUGCGAGAGCUACGGGGACGCCGGCGCCGAGCGGGCGCCACACGUCGUGCCGGCCGCCCCGGCGCCCGCCAUCCCCGCCGGCCUCAAGCAGCGGUUCCACCCGUUCGGCAGCAAGACCCCGAAGCUCACCUAUGUGGCGGAGAACGAGGCGGACGGAGCCGCGUUCGGGCCGUCGUCGACGACGCUGCGGCCGCUGGUGAUAAAGCAGUUCGUAGAAGAUGGAGGCCGGGUGGAUGAGGAUGACGAGGAGGAGGAGGAGGAGGAGGAAGGCAGGAAGAGGAAAAAGAAGAAGAAGAAAGAGAAGCGGAUAAAGUCUGAAGAAGUGGAAGUGUUGCUGCAGAUGAAACCGGAGCCAUCCGAUGAAAAUCUGGACGAAAAUCUGGCGGCGGGUCUUCCUUUCGGAGAGGAGAAGACGACGAAGAAGAAGAAGAAGAAGAAGGACAGGGAGCGGGAGGAGGUGGAGGAGGGGCUGGAGCCCGGCAUGAAUGUUAAGGAGGAAUCAGUUUCUGUGAAAUGUGAGCCGCUGGACGUUUUAUACGGCGACGCAGCGGAGAGUUCAGGGAAGAAGAAGAAGAAGAAGAAGAAGAAGAAGAAGAAAAGCAGAACUGAGGAAGAUGUUCAGUCCUGAUUCCCUCCAUCUUUAAACGCUUAAAGCUGCAGCAUGUAACAUUUAUAAAAAGGUUUCUUUCACGUUUAAGAGACUGAUAAUCUCUGAAAAGAACGAUCUCCUCCCUGAGCUGCUAUUGACGUCAGAAGAAAUGACCAAUAACAACCAAUCAGAGCCUGGAGGCGGGGCUUAGCGCUGUCAAUCAUUCUCAUUUAUCAUUUAUGCUGCUGAAAGUGCCAGAGGCAGAGAAACGACUCAUUAUUACAGGAAAACUGUUUAUCCACCAUCAUCGGAUAUGGCUUCGCUAACUAGCCGUAACGUUCAUCGGUGGAUGGUGAUUGACAGCGCUAAGACCCGCCUCCUGGCUCUGAUUGGUUGUUUGUAGUUGGCACUGGGAGCAGCCAGAAGAGCUCAGUUUUUCACGUUAUCUGUCUUAAACCAUAAUUAGUUUGUAAUCAUUUCUGGUGAAAGUUGCGUACUGUCUCUUUAAGGCCGGUUUCCCUCACAGCAGCUGGACGAGGCGGGAAACGGGGAAGCAUCUCCUCGUUUUGGUCCAGUUCCUGUCGACUCCUGGUGGAUUUCAUGGCCUGAGAUUCGCUCUGUGUCGCUGUGUUUGUUUACACAACCACUGAUUUACUGUGGUAAAACCUUCAGGACUGAUUUGGGUCACAAAACUCUAAAAAGAGAUUAAAGAAACUUUUAAUGAGGGGAAAA